GCCACCUGCCAUGACCACCGCUGUCCUGGCAGCACCCUGCCUGCCCAGGCUUAGCGGCCCUGCGGCCAGUGGGCAAAACUGGGUGGCCCUGUCCAGCUGGAAGGUGGGCUGGGAUCAACCCUGCCUGGGGGGAGAUGGGGACCCCCUGGAUGCUCCCUGCUCGGAGUCUGCCUCCCCAAAGUGGGUCAGUGUGCAGGGGGGAUGGAAAAAGAGAAAAGAAAGAAAAAAGAAAACUUUUUUUUCCCCCCUUUCUUUUGGAAAUGAAAGAAUGUACAAGCAAGUCAUAUUUUCGGAAGGAUGUUUUUAGGCUCUGGUUGCUGGCCUAGAGCUGCUGGUGUCUGCGUGUGCCAUCCUGGUCCUUCAAGCUUCGGCAGGUUUUUACCUUUCAUGUUGUGCUGUGCUCAUGGUUGCUGCGUGGGAUCUCCCUCGUUGCUGUCCUGGCACGGCCGGGCUGACGAACGAUCCCUCUGCCCUGUGCCUGGGUGUUACCUCCUGGGGUACCAGGUUUCUCCUGAAUCCCCUGCUCUGCCCCUGCUCCUCAUCCCGCAGCCAGCGUCAGCCUCGCCCAGGGGACGGGGCUGCAGGUUUACCUUCGUGCUUGGUUCAGAGAGUUUGGGGAAAAGUGAGAGGUAGAGAUGGGCCAUUAGAGGGCACUUUUGCAAUCCUGGAGAAGGAAAACGGUGCUUAUUAUUUCACUUAGGACUGUUUAUUUUGGCGCUCUCUUAAAUUCAGUGAUAAACAGCAGGCAAAUCCCUCCAGUCAGCAGGAAUAUAUCAAUAAAAUAUUGACUCAGAGUUUAAAAGAAAAGAAAACAAGACGAACUUGUAGAAAAGGGAAUAAAAGGCAUUUAGGAGGUGGCACAGUCUGGAGAAUAAAAAAACCACACAACACAUUUAAUGUAAUUUGUAUGGCUUUACAGUACAGCUCUUAGGCCUCAGCUUGUACCUGGCUUCUAAAAACGAAACCGGCUCGGAGCAUGGCACACCAAGACAAGAAGAUCGUUUGUUGGAGGUGUCUGAGGGCUGGCUGGGAGUGCACGAAUUUGCGCGCUCACAUCUAGCGAGUGCAUUCUCUGAGAGACUCUGUCAAAGUCAUCGCCCAGUGGUGAACCUGCCCAGAAAGAAACAUGGGGUGAAUAAAUGAUAUUUUUGCUUUCCCCUUGAUGUUUUGUGUGAGUAAACUACAGAGGAUUGAGCUUUAAACUCUGCCAAAUUAUAACGAGUGCACUGCAAAAAAUAAAUCGGCUUAUUAACUGUUGUGAAAGGGUGGUAUAACACUGACAGCAUGGUUUCCAAAAACUGUGAGUGAGUUUUGGAUGCUUCUUUGCUGUUGAGACGUCCCACUUUUGGAAGUGUUGUGCAUGAAAAUUGGGCCCAUUUUAAGCCUCUGAGGUUGGAUAUGUCAGAAUGAAAGCACUUGAUCCUAUUCUCUUGUAAAGGAGGAAAGAUUAUAAAACUUCUAUUUUUCAGUAACCUUGAGAGGUUUGCCAAGCUAUUUCAUGUAUGGGAUGGGUCAGUGCUGCUGGCCCAGGCUGGGCAGGAAUCACAGAACUAACCUUAAUGUGUAUUUUGUGGUUAUUUUUAGGCUGAAAUGCUUUUACAAUUAGAUAAAGAAAUUAAAGACAAAUCUGUGCCUUGACACUACACCAUGGUUGUUAACAGGGACAGGAGUUUUUUAAGUGAAUUAUCUAGUAUUUAAGAAAUUAAGCUUAGCUUGGGUAGUCCUACAAUCAAAAUUUGUUUAUUUUAAUAGAGGUUACAUUGCACUGGAAAUGACUAUGGGAAUAUACAAGAUUGCAGUUUCAGGGGGUUCAUGUGGAGGACGCUGUCUGCACAAAGUGUCAGAGUUUCUUACCUAACCAAAUAAUCUGCUGUAACUGUUGUGAUUAAGUUGGAAAGAAUUUCUUCCCUGUUGGCCAACGAUAAUACUUGAAAAAUCAAUAAACAGCGUGUUAGAGCACACGAAACGCAUCCUGCUUUGUGUCAGAGGAGGUUUCUGCUGACUUUGGUGACUCAAGUCAGCAAGUAUUUUGACUUACGAUCUUUGCCCCGAAAGGUCAAAUGCCAUUAACUUUGCUGAUAAGUAUCAACACUUCAGUCUGAAAUCGAGGAAAUAUGUCUGUUGUCAUCAAAAGCUAAGUCAGGACCUGGUUGGGAUAAAUUUUGACAAACUCUGGGAAAGCUAAAUCGGGAUUUAACUAUAAGUAGCCAUUGCACGUCUUAGGUAAAGUCCUUUACUGCUUUCCCUUCUGUAGGGCUACCUUCUGAAACCUGUUAUUAAAACACCCCAAACAAUAACAAAGUGCACAAUUUGAGACCGGUGAGCACUGGAGCUGAAGCAUUACAAGCACUGCAAACGGAGAACUGUGGCUGUGCAUUGCUCUUGCCAGGUUAUAUAGCUGAAUAAAUAAGGGUGCAGCCUUAUCCAACUACAAAAUACCAUUUGGCAGCCUCAGCACAAGGAGGGCUUCCCUGCCAGACAAACAGGGUCAUCGACCAGCAAGCUUGCUGCAGGGCCCCCAGCAUGCUUGCUGCCCUCUCGCAUGGGGCUCUUCCACGGUCUCCGUGCCCACCAGGGACACAACCACGGGGGAAACUCUGCCAGGUGAACCUCAAGCAUUCGCUUUCAUCUUUCCUGUGGUUUUCUACUCAGGAAGGGGAGGAUCUGGUGGCAAAUACAGGAAUAUGUGGCAGGCUGGGGAGGGAGAAAGCUAAGGAAGGCGUAGCAGCCCUUGGUGUGAGGGAAGGCACGAGCGAAAGGAGGAAAAGAUAAAAUUGCAUCCUGGUGAGGGAGUUUUCAGUAUGUGUCAGUUGUGGCUCUCGGUUACUUUGGGGUUUGCUACAUAUUUUCUCUUCCCUCUUGCAUCACCAGUUUCAGUGGGAAAAUAGAAAGAUGAAGGACAGGGACCGCACAAGUUAGAGAAAACAGUAGAAAGUGGGGUGGGAAUGAGCUGACGUAAUGGGGCCAGGGACAGCAGAGAGGAGGGGAGGGGGUGGGCAGGGGGGACCUGUAUUGUGGGUGAAAGGAGCAAUUAAAUAACGAUGUUAGAGGCAGAGGAAGCAAUAUGAGGGCAAAACCAGCCAUCUGCGAGCCUUGCUGGUGUCAGGAGACCUGCUGUCCUGCGCGUGGCUGGCUGUCUUUAGCUGUACUGGGAGCAGGACAGGCAGAUGCUGGAGCCUCCUCUCACAGUGGGGCUAGAGGCAGCAGGCAGGGAGGAUUUGGGAAGAUUUUGUCAGGAGCUCAGGGGUGAAAAAAAGGACGAGACCCCAUGCUGCCUGUGGCGAAUUCCCACAUUUGGGAUGCUGGUGCCUGCAGCGAGCUUCAGUGAUGAAGAGAGGGGCAGAGGCUAGCAGGCUGCUGGCCACUGGCCUCUGUGAAGAAGAGAGUGGGAAGGGGCACGCAGGGAUUUGGGGGCUGCCAGGGAGUGGGUCUUGCUCCUAAAGGGCCAGAGCAUGUGGGCUGGGGCGAGGAGGAGGGUCCCGUACCUUGACUACACCUGCCACCGGUGGCUCCUCUGGGCUUUUUGGAAGGUAAAGCCAUGGGCGGGGGGAGGAGGCGGCUGCCAGGACUUCCCUCAGGGGUGCUGCUUUAUAUUUUCAUGAAGUGCUUGAAAGGGAAGAGCAAUUUUAUAAUGGCUUAGCCUAUGUCACUUCUCAAGGAGCUCUAUAUUUACUAUUUUUACAUAAAAUAUUAGAGAAAAAUCAAGUAGAGGAGAAAAAAAUGCCCAGUCUCAACAGCAGAGUUGAUCUUAAAGGUAAAAAGAGUUUGUUAUAAAGCCAUAGUCAAUUGACAGCACAGUACAAGGAAUGGUGCGUGACCACACAUUUAGCCAAGUAACAAGAUAAAACUGUUCCUGACAGCUCAGCCUUUUAUGAUGCUUCUUCCUAAAGUGCGUGGCUAACAAAAUUUAGGUAAUUGCUUAAACCUCUUUUCCCUAUUUAAAAAAAAAUGUUAUCAUUUAGUUAUUUAAACUUUGAUACUUGUUCCAGAAAUGGGCUUUUUUUUUGCCCCCUACCACCCCCCCAUAUCAGAGCUAUUACAGAUGAGCUCAUCUACUGUACUGAAAGGCGAUUUCCAGCCUGUCCCACUGUAUAUGUUAGGGUAGUCAUUACUGACCUAGUUGUAGACAUAAUAAUGAAAGGCUGAGAUUAUGAAUUAUUAUGCCUAAUUUGUAAGGGAUUCUCUGCUUUUGUGUUUUGCAAUUCCCAUCAGGCUUGAGGAUUAAGCCCUGCUGAAUUGCAGGCUAAUACCAAUGUGCUUUGAGUAUGUGUGGGCUUAUAUCACAUGUUUUCCUAAUUCACUAUUUUUAUAAGGAACAAUUUCACUGGAAAUAUUUACUUUUCAAAGGAUUGCUGGAAGCCCCACCAAAAUCUCUGAAGGAAAGUGAAGUUGAUGUACCCUCCAUCUGCUCUGUGCUUACUCUAGCUCUUAUGUCCAGCGAGCUCUAUUUCUCUAUGGCAAAACAUCAAACUGUAACUCUACCAAUGUAUGUGGAAGGCUUUUGCUCUUAGUAAGAAGGAGAGAUACCAAUUUGCCAGCAGUGCACGGGCUUGCUUUGAAUUACAGUUCAAGAUGGAAAAAUCUUAUUUACAUACCUUAUUGAAGUGCUGUGUGAUGCGAGCUCAUUCCUUACAGUAUGUAAUGCUAGUGCUUGUACGGCAGUACAGUGAAGGUGCCUGCGAAACAUAAGGAGUAUGUGACAUUGUUAUAGGUACGCCCGUGUUUCAGCAGGAUAACAGCCCACAGGAGCCACACAAGUUUGCAGCUAGUCGAGUCAGCGACUGUGGGUCGCAAACAAACUGGUGCUUGGCUGCGGUCUCACCCACCAGCGUGGGACAAGCUGGCGGCAGCUCCGGCUGCCCAUGGUGCGGCCCUCCUCAGGUGGGACUCCCUGUCGUUGCUGUAGGAUGCUCCUGCUGCGCUGCCCGCUGCUGCUGCUGCUGCUGCCGCUCGGCUCCAGGCCCCAGAAAUUACCAACCAGAGAUGAGGAGCUCUUCCAAAUGCAGAUCCGGGACAAAGCAUUUUUUCAUGAUUCGUCAGUCAUCCCAGAUGGAGCUGAAAUUAGCAGCUACCUCUUCCGAGACACCCCUAAAAGGUAUUUCUUUGUGGUUGAAGAGGACAACACUCCCUUAGCAGUGACAGUGACACCAUGCGAUGCCCCUCUGGAGUGGAAACUGAGUGUGCAAGAGCUCCCAGAGGAAGCCAGUGGAGAGGGUUCAGGUGAACCAGAACCUCUUGAGCAACAGAAACAGCAAAUUACUAAUGAGGAAGGCACAGAGCUGUUCUCUUACAGAGGCAAUGAUGUUGAGUACUUUGUGUCCUCUAGUUCCCCAUCUGGUUUGUACCAACUAGAUCUGCUGUCAACAGAGAAAGAUACACAUUUUAAAGUGUAUGCAACCACUACUCCGGAGUCGGACCAACCUUAUCCUGAAUUACCUUAUGAUCCCAGAAUCGAUGUCACUUCUCUGGGACGUACAACAGUGACUCUGGCGUGGAAAUCAAGUCCCACUGCCUCCUUACUGAAACAGCCAAUUCAGUAUUGCAUCGUCAUCAAUAAAGAACACAAUUUCAAAAGCCUCUGUGCUGUUGAAGCCAAGCUCAGUUCUGAUGAUGCCUUCAUGAUGGCUCCAAAACCAGGUCUGGAUUUCAGUCCAUUUGACUUUGCCCAUUUUGGCUUUCCCUCAGACAACAACUCUGGCAAAGAACGUGGUUUCCUAAAAUCAUCAUCAAAGUUUGGGCGCCAAAUAUCCUCAAAGCCCAGAGUUGACCUGCAUAGAGUUUGUAUUGAGAACAAGAACAUCUUCACAGUGUCUGACCUGAAGCCUGAUACACAGUACUACUUUGACAUGUUCGCAGUAAAUGCCAACACUAACAUGAGCACCGCAUACAUUGGCACCUUUGCCAGAACGAAGGAGGAGGCUAAACAGAAAACAGUUGAACUGAAGGACGGCAAAGUUACAGAUGUAUUCAUCAAGAGAAAGGGAGCCAAAUUUCUACGGUUUGCUCCCGUUUCAUCUCACCAAAAAGUCACCUUCUCCAUUCAUUCAUGCCUGGAUGCUGUUCAGAUCCAAGUUAGAAGAGAUGGAAAACUUCUCUUGUCUCAAAACGUGGAGGGGGUGCGGCAGUUCCAGCUUCGAGGAAAAGCAAAAGCUAAAUAUCUCAUUAGGUUGAAAGGCAGCAAAAAAGGUGCUUCUAUGCUGAAGAUCCUGGCUACAACAAGGCCUAACAAGCAGUCAUUUCCUUCUCUUCCUGAAGAUACACGAAUCAAAGCCUUUGACAAACUCCGCACGUGUUCUUCGGUCACGGUGGCGUGGCUGGGCACGCAGGAGAGAAAUAAAUUCUGCAUCUACAGAAGGGAAGUGGAUGACAAUUACAAUGAAGAGCAGAAGAAAAGAGAGCAGAACCAGUGCUUGGGUCCAGAUACAAGGAAGAAAUCAGAAAAGGUUCUCUGUAAAUACUUCCACAGCCAGAACAUCCAGAAAGCAGUGACCACAGAGACAAUCAGAGGCCUGCAGCCUGGCAAGUCCUACCUGCUGGAUGUUUAUGUGAUAGGGCACGGUGGGCAGUCCGUGAAAUACCAGAGCAAAUUGGUGAAAACAAGGAAGUUCUGUUAGUGCCCCUGUACAUAGAAUUAUAUGGAACUCCAGUCUGAACAUUAUCCUACUUCCAAGUAUACAGAUUGACUACUUGCACAGCUGAGAAGUUGUGACCUGUAUUUGUACUGUGUAGAAAAGAUAUCAACUUGUAUAUUUAUGUUUACAUAAGUAAUUGUCUGGAGGAACUGAGGCUGGUGCUCUCUGGUAGCAUCUGGCAAUGGUACUAUCAUGUGUCUGGUGACCCACAUGUGAUGCUCAGUAGAUGUCCAAGGUAGCAGGAAACCUCGAAGGAACUGGCACUCCUUUGCUUCCAUAUUGCAUGAACUGCUUCUAAAUUAUUUUAUACUUAAGAGGCUGAGAUAUAUCAUUUUUCCACCUUGUUAUUCACACACAAAACUCACAGACAUACACCCUUUCUCUCAGUGUAGAUGGUAGGGUUUCUGUAAAUUAUUUUAUAGAGUCUUGUUUGAAAUGUUUAUGUUUCUAUGAUUGUAAACUAUUAAAAUCUCUCCCCAAUAAAAUACAGAUCUAAACUAAGUAUUAACUGGGCUGCACAUGAAGCAGUUUCAUUGCUAAUGUAAAUUCUUACCUAGCUGAUUUUCAUGUUUAAAUACUGUAUGUAUUUCAUGUACAAAGUUGCCAUAACGUUAUAUUCCUGUACAUAAAAUUAAAAAUAUUAGAUUAUA